GCAACUACUACUGCUCUCUCUUUCUCUUUCUUUCUCUGCACUCUUCAUCUAUCUGCAUGCAUUGAUUUUUGUUUUUAUUCCAUUGAAUUGAAGUUUCGCGUCAUCCCCAAAAUCGGUGCACCGCCUGCCCGCCGCCGUUUUUUUGGGGCUUUUCAUUUUUCCUAUCUAUCUUACUCAGGUUUCUAUCCGUUUUCUUGUUUCGACAAACGGAAGAUCAUCGUCAAUUUCAUUUUUCGCGGCAGAUUCAAUUGAAGGUUUCGGAACCCGCUUAUGGUUUUGCGGAUUUGAAGAAGAAUUGAGAAAAUGGGGCAGCACAAAUGCAUGAACGAGGCUUGCCGCGCAACGACGUCGUCCGAGUGGAAGAACGGCUGGACCUUGAACUCCGGCGGCUUCGCCAUCCUCUGCUCCGACUGCGGAUCCGCUUAUGCUAACUGUGUUUUCUGCGAAAUGUUCCACCACAAGGAAUCUGGAUGGAAAGAAUGCAGGCUGUGUUCAAAGCGAAUCCACUGUGGAUGCAUCGCUUCAAGAUAUCUAUACGAAUACAUGGAUUUUGGGGGCAUUGCCUGCAAGAACUGUGCUAAACGUUCAGAAGCUCAUCCGGCGGCGUUACCAGAGCAGAUUCCCACCGGCAAAUUUAAUGUUCAAUUUCUGGCUGGUGGUAUAAUUAGAGGCACUCCGGUAGCUGCUGUUGAGAAUAGGAUCAUUGUCGACAAAUAUGGUUCAAAGGUGCCAAAUGCUAUAAAGGUCAAUGAUGCAGCUUCAGAGCUCAAGAACAAGAAUGUUAAACAAGGGGAACCAUCAGGGAUUCCUAAAAUCAAACUAAAACCAGAUGUUGAUAAUAAAAUUAUUAACAGAAGUGAUUCAAGCAGGAAAGGGCUGAACCAGCAGGAGCAGAGUACAAACAAUGCUUCUACAAAUCCUCAGAAGCUGAACCUUACGACGAACAAAGAGGCGAAUGUUGUUUCAAAAAUUCCCAUUGCCAGGCCACCCCCUGAGGGGCGACGCAGCAUUCACUUGCUUCCUCGUUACUGGCCACAGAUCUCGGACCAUGAACUGCAGCAGUUGUCUGGAAUGUUGAAAUCCAGUAUUACACCAUUGUUUGAGAAAGUCCUGAGCGCAAGCGAUGCUGGGCGAAUCGGUCGCCUUGUCCUCCCCAAAGCAUGUGCAGAAGCAUAUCUUCCUACUAUCAACCAUUCAGAAGGUGUCUCGAUAAGGGUUCAGGACACAACCGGAAUACAAUGGACAUUUCAGUUCAGAUUUUGGCCGAACAAUAACAGCAGGAUGUAUGUUCUUGAGGGGAUAACUGAUUGCAUCCAAAAUAUGCAGCUACAAGCCGGCGAUACAGUGAUAUUCAGUCGGAUAGAGUCAAAAGGUGGACUUUUGCUCAGCUCUCGAAAGGCAACAUUUGAUGUCAACAUGCAGGAUGUGCAGAAAUCGGGGGGUCUAAACAGGGAGAAAACUUCCAUGGAAACAUCAUUUCCAGGUGGUGCUGAAAAUAAACUUCCGGAUAAUGGCAACAAUGGAGGCAGAGUAUCCGAUGAUGUCCAGCAACAUGUAAACACAUUGCCUGAGAAGAAAAGGACCCAAAACAUUAAAAACAAGAGGCUUCAUAUGCACAACGAUGAUGCUGCUGAACUGAGAAUUACAUGGAAGGAAGCACAAGAGCUGCUACGUCCUUCUCCAUUUUCCGAGCCAGCCAUUGUUACCAUUGAGGGGCACGAAUUCGAAGAAUUUGAAGAACCUCCAAUCUUUGGACAGAGGAUGCUUUCCAUUACUCAGCCUGCACGAUGUUCGGCUUCUGCCCCGGAAAGUAUUAAUCAAACAGAUCCAGAAUGCUUUAGCUUAAGCAACGAGUUAAAAAACAUAAAGUUUUCAGACAACAAGGCAUCUAUUGAGGAGUAUCCGGAGCCGGCAUUGGGUUUAGAUGCGUUGGCAAGUGCGGCAGCUCUAGGAGAUGAGCUCCCCGUUGGAGAGACGGCGAGGCAUCCCCGACACCGUCCAGGCUGCACGUGCAUUGUGUGCAUUCAACCCCGGAGCAGGAAGGGAAAGCAAGAUUUGACGAUCAUAAAAAUGGUGUCCAAGCAGAAGAGUAGACGACAGCCAGAACACAACCCCGGAUUAGUACCCGAGAAGGAGAGCACGGCGCAACCGGGAAACCAACCAAACCUCGAUGAACACCAUUCCGAAACUGGAAACAAUCAAGUCAAGCCGGAACCCUUUAAGGGACGGAUCGACUUAAAUCUCCGUCCCCACGAUGGUGACGUUCUUGAAGAACCCGUCGCUCCAGAGCCGGUGUCGGACGCCGGCCGGUGA